GUUUUGUUUCUACUUAAAUGUGUAGUUAAUCUCGCUAUAGAUGUGCUGUGGCUUAUACAAAGUGUUGACCAUUAGACUCUUACAGAACCAUGCCUCAUCUCUUGAAUCUUCUGUUGCUGUUUUGUCUUUUCAGCGAAACCAGCCCUAUACUUGUGAUAGGGAUAAAGGGUGACAGGGUUGUAUUCUCCUGUGGAUAUGAGGGCAGUGAGAUUCCUGAUGUUGUUUUGAGUCGGUCAGGAAUCAUGGAUGUGUGUGAGACUGAAGAAUGUAGAGGACGAGUGUUUAAAGAAGGAAACUGUGACGUCGUCAUCAAUAAUCUGAUCUUCAGCGACGCUGGGAAAUACACUUUGAGAAUCUAUUACAAUAAUGGCUUGGAGCCACAAAUCAAGAUUUACCAACUUUGUGUUGAUGACGAGGUUUCUGUGAACAUGGGUGAGCAGCUGAAGUUAGAUGUUCUGUUGUCAGAAGCUGAUGAAGUGCAGCAUCAGAGCAGAAGAAGCACAGACUGGAGGAAGGUCUGGAGCAGAAGUGAUGGUGUUCAGAGCCAAAGAAUCAGCAUCAGAGAUAGAAACCUGAUCAUUAGUAACUUUACAGCCAGAGACACAGGAACAUAUGAGGUUCUGGACUCUGAAGGAGAAAUAUUGAUCAUGGUGAAAGUCAGAGUAUCCUCUACAGCAUCUGCAAAAACAGGCUCAAAGGGAAAACUAAAUAACACAAAUGAUGACACCGAAGAACAUAAUCCCUGCCUUCUACCUGAAGAGCUUCAGGUUGUCCAGAUUGGACUGUCUGUGUUUUUUCUGAUCCUGGUUGCUGUUAAACGAAGACAGAUACUUCACCAUCUGAACAUUGUUUGAUUGUAACUUGUCUUCAGAUCCAGCAGAUGUGCCGAGGAUUCUGUCAACGUAUUUCUGCAUAACAUUUACAGUGAUGUGUCUCUACGCACAAUAACACAGCGUUAAAUCAGUACAAUGCUUUUAGACCAAAUAUGAAGUUAUCGUAUUCUGUAAAUGUUAAGUGCAUUGUAUAAUUUAAGAAACCAAUAAUGCAGGUCAAAAGUAGCAUUGCUAAAUUUGUUUAUUAAUUUAUUAAGCUUAUUUUUAAUGUAUAACAAGCUCGGCUGUUGUAAAUUAAAUGUGUGAGGCUUCCGGUUUCAUUCAUUUCCAGUUAUUCAUAGCAGUAUAAAACCACUAGUUAUGCUGCAGGAUACUGCAAACUGGUAUUUAUUAUCAUAUUAUUUUAAAUGCAUUGUCAUAAUUAUAAACACACUGUUUUGUAACAUUUUCUGCACUUUGAUUUUCUUCUUAUUUGCCUAUAGAAACAAGUUGA